UCUAUAGAGAGUGUUCAUUAGGAUCAGACUCCGUGCAGCAGUUGGUCAGUGUGUGUUUAGCUCCAAUUCUCUCUUUGGAUUAAUGUGUGUGUUUGGGUCCUCAGUCAGAAUGCAGGUGUGUUUUCUUCUCCUCCUUAUACAGCUUCAUGUCACUGAAGGCUGCAGACUGGAAGGAAACGGAGAGACAAAACUGAUCACUGCAUACACAGGAGGUUCAGUACUGCUGCCCUGCUCCUGCACUGACCUCCACACCAAACCUGAGACACACACAUGGAAGAAAUACACAGAUGGAAAUAACUGGGUAGAGAUAUCUCCUGAGAGAGAGCAGUACAAAGGCAGAUUUCAGCUGGUUAAUGAUCUCUCUUCAGGAAAUCUCUCUCUGCUCAUAUCCCACCUGACUGAAGAGGAUGGAGGAGUUUACAUGUGUGAUCCUAAAGGGAGUGAAUACAGAUAUUUCAGACUCACUGUUAAAGACGCACCAACAAGACCUUCAACAUCCAGACCAGUGAUCACAACAACUUCACCUAAUCCUGAACCAGCUACAAAACCAACCCCAGUGGUCAAUGACAAAACAACCACACGCACUGAAACAUCUUCUGUGAAAGAUCCUCACACCAUCAUCAUCAUCAUCAUCAUCAUCAUCUGUACUGCUGUUGGGGUUCUGCUGCUGCUGAUACUCGGAGGAGUCAUGUACUGGAAACACAGAGGACAGAGACGAGGACAGACCGAGACCGGUGAUGGACAAACAGGACAGAGGACACAGCAGAAGAAGCAGAAUGAUUGUGAUGUUCUGUACACAGCUAUAAAUCCACAAACUAAACGCAACAAAGCAGAAGAAAAGGAUGAGGUGACAUACUCGACUGUAGUCCUCAGUAACACUGUGAGAGCAGCACACACUCCAGUGGAGUCAGGAGAUACUGCAGUAUAUGCCAUCAUCAAAACUAACUAACUAACACACACACACACACACACACACACACACACACACACACACACACACUCACACACACUCACACGUUUCUACUAUAUUCGUGAGGUUUUCGCACUGCUUUAUUCCAAAGUGUCUACAACUCUUAUUUACAAAAAAAUAAUAAUCUCUUUUAUAUACAGUAUCUCACAAAAGUAAGUACACCCCUCACAUUUGUGUAAAUAUUUGAUGAUAUCUUUUCAUGUGACAACACUGAAGAAUUGACACUUUGCUACAAUGUAAAGUAGUGAGUGUACAGCUUGUGUAACAGUGUAAAUUUGCUGUCCCCUCAAAAUAACUCAACACACAGCCAUUAAUGUCUAAACCGCUGGCAACAAAAGUGAGUACACCCCUAAGAGAAAAUGUCCAAACUGGGCCCAAUUAGCCAUUUUCCCUCCCCGGUGUUAUGUGACUUGUUAGUGUUACAAGGUCUCAGGUGUGAAUGGGGAGCAGGUGUGUUAAAUUUGGUGUCAUCGCUCUCACACUCCCUCAUACUGGUCACUGGAAAUUCAACUUUUAUAUCAGACCCCGCCCCCCUGCAUUAAAUUUUACUACUCAUUAUUUGCAUUUAUUCUUAUAAUAAUGUGAUAUUUGUGAUUAUUUGAAUCAUAUCACAGUGCACUGUCUGAUUUUUCUUUAAAUUGAUGAUGUAUUUUUUUUAUUUAUUUUUGGCUAGGCAAAACAAAAUGUCAUGCAAAAUGUAUGCACUUUUUUUUUUUUUUGCAAAUGUUA